UACACGUGUCUGUGUGUGUGUGUGUGUGUGUGUGUAAGUGAGGCAGCAAUCCAAAGGAUUGCGCUAGACUAAAGGGAAAUCUACCUUUGAAUUCUUCAGCACGUGCCAUUGCGAUCCAGGCGGCGUAGCCCCUGGAACUCCAUCAGCGGCCAUGAUCAUGGAAGGGCUUGAAACCCUUGUGGCGCCAACGCAUCACGCAUUCCUGCUAACCGAAUCGGCCGCUGCGGCCCAUUUCAAUGUGCUGAGCUUCGACACGUGCCUGUUCAAGACAAGCACGGCGCAGAGCAGCAGCCCGUCGGCAGCCAGUUAUCUGAGUGCCGCACAAUUUGGCGGGGGCAGUGGCGUCGGUCUCGGCCUCGGCGCCAGCUCAUCUGCGGCUGCCAGCAGCAGCAGCACCAGCGGUCAAACAUUGCUGCACUACACGACAGCAGCAGCAGCAACAAGUCACAAUCACAACAACAACAACAACAACAACAGCAACAAUAACAAUAACUCGGUGCUGCGUGCACGCAAUCAGACAGCCACACCCACACAGGGGGGCAGUCCAGGUAACGUGGCUGCUCAGCCAAUUGCCGGCAGUGCAGCAGCCGCCAGCAGCGGACGCAGCUCAGCAUCGCAUCUCAGCCUGCUGAAUACGAGCCAACAUAGUCCCGUUACGGCCACAGAGCACGGCGUGGCCGUUGAGGCCAAACAGCUGAUUGAGGCCUUGCCCGGUGAUCUCAAUACGCCGGUGACCACAUCCAGCGAUAUACCCUCAUUCUUUGGGCCAUCGACAGUGGUGGAACCACCACCAAUAACCGGCUCAAUUGAAUCGGAGGAUCUGUCGCUGGAACAGCAGGUUGUGUCCGUUGCCAGUCCCGUGUUGUCCUCGUGCAGCCCAUUGAAGGAGGAGCGCAGCACGCCACCCGCUUUGUCUAUUGUCAAGGAAGAAUCAAGUAAUAAUAGUUGUAACAUGUACCCACUACACAACAACAACAACAACAGCCACCACACAAUAUCCACAACAAGCACAUCAACAACAGCAACAACCACCGCCACAGCAACAACAACAAUCAAACAAAUAGCAAGCGAUGCGAGCAACACUGAAAGCGUUCGCUCGCCCGCAUCAACAACAACUGCUGCUGGCAGCAGCAGUAACAACAACAACACUCAACACUCACAACAACAACAACAACAACAGCUGCAUCACAACAGCAACAACAACAACAGCCACUGUCAACACAGUCAUCAACAGCAGCAGCAGCAGCAUUUGAGCUCGCCGCAACACCAACAACAAUACCAACUACAACAACAACAACACCAAAUACUACACCAACAACAACAAUUGCCACACCAUCACCAUCAUCAUCAUCACCACCAUCACAGUCACCAACAACAUCAGCAACAACACCAACAACAGCAACACCAACAGCAGCAGCAACAACAACAACAACAACACCUACAACAACAGCAGCAACAACAGCAACACCAACAACAACAGCAACACUAUCAACAACAUGCACUACAACAACAACACCAACAACUGCCUGGCAAAAUCUCAUAUCGCGGCAUUUUCACCACCACAGGCAACAACAACAGCAACAACAUGAGCGCCGCACAGCAACUACAACAGCAACAGCAACAGCAGCAGCAACAAUUGUCAUCACCACAGCUGAGCGUACUCCCAGGACCAAUGUCUCCCCCAUCGAAUAGUCUGGGCAACAGUUGGGGUUUACCCAGUCCAGACAAGUCACUAUUCCAGCCGCCCAUGUUCAGUCUGCCCGCCCACUACGCCGUGCAACAACAACAACAGCAGCAGCAGCAACAACAACAACAGCAGGCUGCUGGUCCAACGCCCUCGCCAUAUGAUGAUGGGCGUGCGGCCGUCGCUGCUGCUCAGCACGCCGAGCUGCUCGGCCUGAGCAUGGAUUGUACGCCACUGCUGCUGAAGCAGGCACCACCAACAUACUCCGGAGCAACAGUCUCAACAGCGGGCUUUGCCAGUCUCGCCGAGCUGCAGAGCAGCCACGAUCAACUGCAGCAGCAGCAACAACAAUAUGCUGUGCGUUCGCAGUUAUCUGUUGGCACACCCAAAUAUCAGUGGCUAGAUACGCCAGCCGAUUAUGCAGCUGCCGCAGCUGUUGUACAACAGCAACAGCAGCAACAACAGCAACAACAACAACAGCAGCAGCAGCAACAACAGCAAACGCUAGUGUUGCCGGGACCCACCUCCUCGGCAAGCUCCAGCAAUGCAGCGCUGGGUGUACUCAUACCCAAGCAGGAAAACUAUACCGAUAUGCAGCCAGGAUCAAAUGGCACGGGUUAUUCAAGUGCUUCAGCGGCUGCUGCUGCCGCUGCAGCUGCUGCUGCCGUACAGCUGGCCGAGUAUAGUCCAUCGACGAGCAAGGGCCAUGAGAUACUCUCCCAAGUCUAUCAGCAGAGCAGUGUGCCGUUAAAACUGGUGCCCGUCAAGCCACGCAAAUAUCCCAAUCGCCCAAGUAAAACUCCCGUACAUGAGCGUCCCUAUGCGUGUCCUGUGGAGAACUGCGAUCGGCGCUUCUCGCGCUCGGACGAACUAACGCGUCACAUACGCAUCCAUACGGGACAGAAGCCAUUCCAGUGUCGCAUCUGCAUGCGGAGCUUUAGUCGCAGCGAUCAUUUGACCACCCACAUACGCACCCACACCGGCGAGAAGCCCUUCAGCUGCGACAUCUGUGGCCGGAAAUUUGCGAGAUCCGAUGAGAAGAAGCGACAUGCCAAGGUCCAUCUAAAGCAACGCAUUAAGAAAGAGUCGAAACUAAGUCGCGAGCAGCAUCAGCAACAACAGCAGCAGCAACAACAACAACAGCAACAGCAGCAGCAGCAACAACAACAGCAACAACAGCAACAUCAGCAACAACAUCAACAAUAUCAACACCAUCAUUUGCUGCAUGCCGCCGAUUUGGCCAUCGUUACAUCGAGUGCGACCAGCAUGUAGGCCGCCGAGAACUCAACGUCAUCGAUUGAUUCCAGGACGACCGCCUAUGAGCUGGGCCUCGAUCUGAGCCUGGCCAUUGACAUUGAUGGGAGUCCAUUGCCAUUUGAUCUGACGUUGACCUCCGAUUAUGGCACACUGUCCCCAAAACUGAGUCCAUUGCAGUUUCACUAUGUGCUAGAUAGCGAGGAUUCGCAAAGUCAAUGCCUUUAAAUUGCAAGCAGAUACAAUAAGUGUUAAAUAUGCCGAUAUAUUUAACCAUCAUUUAUCCAAGCAGGAAUCAAUCGCUGAUGCUGAAUUUAAAACAUAACAAAUACAAGAACAACUAAAAUAUACAAAACACAAAUAAUUAGCUAAUUUAGUUAGCAUGUUGUAGCCGUAAUUUUUGGGUUGUGCUAGCAGCAACAUCUACGCAAGACAUAUAUGUAAAACAUAGCCUAUGAACAAAAACAAAAAAAAAACUCAAGCAG